AUGGAAGAUCUGCAGGGCAGCUGCCUCUACGUUUCCGAUGAGGAGUUGGAUGAAGCUGCCUGUCGAGAACUCUUUCCGGCUACGCAACGUCAGCUAAGCUUCGGAAUUACUUCGGAGGAUGGACAAAGGGCGCUUGAAAACGGGGAGCCGGGGAUGAUGGCAGCCACACAGGCCGAAUCACAGGAAGCAGAAUCCCACGAGCAGCCCUCCUCCCAACGUAUGUUCGCAACGAUUCAGGUUACAUCCCAAGAGUCGGAGCUUGCAGCAGAGCAACCCACACCGCCCACACCGCAGACCCCGACUCCGCCGCCGCAGCAGCAGCCACCCCAAGCCGGGCACCCGACACCCAGUGCAGCCAUGCAUGCACUUCCAGCAACGCCACCUGCAGUCACGAUCCAGCAGCAGCAUCCCGCAACGCACGCAGGACCACAGAUGCUCACGAUGCCACCCGAUGCCACACAGAAGAAGCAGCAGCAGCCGGACGCAGUGCAGGCAGCCAAGGCCCCAGCAGGGACACUGUUAGCAACAGGGUCACCGAAGCAGACCGAAGCAGAACAGCACCUCGAGGAAGAACGAUUGUUGCAGCAGGGUGAAUUUGAGAAAGCCGAGAAGCUAAUCUACGACAGGGUGCGAAAAAAGGCGGAAGCAGCAGAGCUUGCAGCAGAGCUUGCAGCAGAGCUUGCAGCAAAACAGGCGACCGCCAGUGCAGCUCAGGCCAAGCAGCAGCAACUUGCAGCAAUGCCGCCCGCCAAGCCCUCGAUGCAACAGCAACAUCCCGCAACGCAGGCAGGACCACAGAUGCUCACGACCGGGCCCCAAUCAGCAAUGCAUCUUGCACCCGAUGCCACGCAACAGCAGCAGCCGGUCGCAGAACAGGCAGGACAGGGCCAGGCGACAACCAGUGCAACACAGGCCAAGCAGCAGCCACCUGCAGCAGCAAUGCCACCGACCGCAGCCACGAUCCAACAGCAGCAUCCCGCAAUGCAUGCAGCUCAGGUUCUAGCAGUGCCGCCCAAAGCCACGAUCCAACAGCAGCAUCCUGCAGUGCAUGCACCACAGGUUCCAGCAGUGCCGCCGAAAGCCACUUACCAGCAGCAGCAUCCCGCAGUGCAUGCACCGCAGGCCACAGCAGCGAUACCCAAAGGCCCGAUCCAGCUGCAGCCGGCCAUUCAUGCACCACAGGUUCCAGCAGUGCAGCCUUGCAAUGCCAGGAUGCAGCAGCAGCCUCCCGCAGUGCAUGCACCACAGGUUCCAGCAGUGCAGCCCACGGCCACGAUCCAGCAGCAGCAUUCCGCAGUGCAGCUCCAUGCCGGUGACAGGCAGCAGCAGGUUUUCACAAAGCAGCAUGAAGUGCACCCGCCAGCACAGCAGCAUCAGCAGCCAGUUGCAAUGCAUCUACCGGCACAGCAGCAUCCAUUGCAGCAAGAUACCCAGCAGCAUGCAAUGCAUCCACCAGUACAGGGAGUUCCGAAGCAGCAUGCAAUGCAUCUGCCACCGCAGCAGCAACAGGGAGUUCCGCAGCAGCAUGCAACGCAUCCACCACUACAGGGAGCUCCGCAGCAGCAUACAAUGCAUCCGCCACAGCAGCCACUACAGGGAGUUCCGCAGCAGCAGACAAUGCAUCCGCCGCAGCAGCAGCAGCAAGAGGGAGUUCCGCAGCAGCAUGCAAUGCAUCCGCCGCCACAGCAUGCUAAGGCAAGUCAGCAGCGGCAUCAGCCAGCUACGCAGCCAAAGCAGGAGCAAGCGCCAACGGCAUCGGCCAUUGAUCGCAGAAUGCGCCGCAUCAUGGCCCCGACGCCAACGGGCACGUUCAAGGUGAGCGAGUCCAUCCGCAACAUGUGGAACGAUCUGGGAACCCGUCCGAAGGUGCUGAAACUCUUUGAGUCAUGCGACUACUGCCCAGAUGCCUUCAUGAAGCGCUUCUCCGUCUCCAGCACGAAGGAGAAGGAGGAAGAGGUCAACAUUCCUUUUGAGUUUGUCUCUGAGGAAGAGAUGGCCAAUGACUACAACAUGUGCGAGGAAGACAUUUUGGAUGUCGUGACGAAAGCCCGGAAAGAUCCCGCGAAGUACGUACGGUGGCACACCUUCAGAAAGGGAGUUGAAACUUUCUACAUGGAGCUGAAGGUUAAGGGGCACAAGAAGCAAUCUGCGAAAACUACUUUCAAGGAGGAGCAGGAGUUCGACCUACCGACGGAUGAGCUCAACCUCGAGAUGCCCUCGGGGUCUGUGCUCACAAGGGCUGCAGACCCCAGCCUUGACGCUGGCAAUGCUGCCAAACGCGCCAAAAAGAUGGAGGACCCCGAGACCAAGCAGGCCAUGGAAAAGGAAGCCUUCAAAAUCCUGAAGAAGAUGGCCUUCCCCAACACGGAGAAGACGGAAGCCGGCGGGCAGCACCUGAACAAGAUCAUGAGUUGUGUCAGCCUUCGGCUGCUGAUUGUGGAUGGGACAAAAAGCCUGCUGCAGGAUCACAUACAGAAGAAGCAGGCUCAGCUUCAGCAAGACCCGGGUGCAGCGACAACAAAGGGGGGUACUUUGAAGACAAUGGAGAGGAUGAUCGAACGCCUCUCCACGAACUACGAUGCCAUGGACGCAUGCAGUGAGGAGUUCCAAGAGUUGCACACCCGUGGUGUCGUUGACGGCUGGGAUGAGAUCACCCUCGAGAUGAAGGUUGCCGUGAACAAGAUCAAGAAGCUGCUUCUCGGCUGGCCACCCAAGAUAAUCAACAGCUUUACGCGGCUAGUGGAUUCCUGGGAGCUCGACAACCGUGCCAGGACGCUGCUUCCGGUGGAGGAGCAGAAGCCAGAGGCAGAGGAGAAACCGGCACCCAAGGCGAAGGCGAAGGGCAAGAGAACGCCGGUUCUGGCUGGUGGCUCCACAAAGAAGCCCAGGUCAGCUUUCGGGGGUCCUUCGAGCUCUUGGCAUGACCUAGGCAGAGACGAAUCCCAGAAGACGGAGGCCGUUGAGGCACUCGCACAGAGUGUCGUGGAUGGGGCUCCGGCUGCUGACAUUGGCCGCAUAGCUCGUGCUUUCACUGCUGAUCUGGGCAACGCCUCAGGCUGCAGCUCCAUAGGGCAAGCAUGCAAGGUUGGUAAGUCCAAUGGUGAAAGGGAUUCUCAGAGGCUGUUUCAGCGGUUUCAUUUGAGACUACGUGUUCCGAUAUCGGAGUUGCACCAUGAUGAUGCUGAUGGGGGGCCGGUCAAUCUUCCUUACAUCAAAAUCAAGGACUUCUUUGGGUUCCUACUGAAGACUCACCCGAAGCUUUUGUACGGUGGUUUUGACCUCGGGCCCGAACAAGAGAAUCUUUGCAUGCAGUUUUGGCAAGGCUACCGUCUGUACCAUCCGGAGCACGAAAUCUUUAGCACCUUCACUGAAGAUGAGAGGAAACGGAUCCUACCGGUAGCUUUACACGGGGAUAAGGGGCGAACUUUGGCUAAGCAACCAAUCUACUGCUUCGGAUGGGAGACGGCAUUCGGAUUGCCGCUGCAUUGCCGUAUGGCGGCAGCAAAAUCUGCUGCUCCCCCUCGCCACGAAACCGGCCUCAUAGAUGCAUACUUGGAGGAAGUUGCCAGAGAGAUGACCGAUUUGUUUCACGCGGGUGUGCUGCACGGUGGUUCCACUUACCGCUGUGCGGUCAUAGGGGUGAAGGGCGACUUAGAGUUCUUCCUAGAAACCGCCUACCUGAACCGAAUCCCUGGAAUCGACACUCGGGACACUCCGGGCUGGAAGGAUGUUUUCCACACUUGCAAAUUCGGAUUCCUGAAGGAUUUGAAUGCAGGUAUCCUCAUGCUCUUGUGCGAGAUGAAGAAGUUUUCCAAGCUUUCAUUCCAUCGGGACAAGGCUACCAAAUACCCGUUCAUGAGUGGCAAAGGGUCAGAUUCGGUGGUAGUCUUAGAGUUCCUGGAAUGGCUUUUGCGACUGAAGCUUCGGUCUCCAAAGGAGGCCAGCCACACGCUGGUUUUGUCUGCGAUGUUGGAGGCCGUGCAAGGAGCCUUGUGUUUCAUCGGAACGUACCACUCGCACGGUUGUUUUUACUCUCCUCCUUGUGCGAAAUUCUCGAUCGCAUCUGGGCUUCGCCUUUUCAGGGGCUACGUGUUCUUGGCCAACAAGUGCAUACGAGAUAAGAAGCGGUAUUUCUCCUUGAAGCCCAAAGUCCACUACUUCCAUCACGUGUUGGUGGACAUGCAAGAUCAGGUUGACUUAAGCCACGAGGUCAUUUUUAAUGCUGCCGCAGUUUUCAAUGCUGAAGGGAAUGAGGACAUCUGCAACUUUGUGAAGUACGUCGGACACGAAAACUUCAAACGGAAAGUCAUUCCUGCAGCUAGCGCCGAGAACUCACCGUUGAAAGAAUCCGAAUCGAUCCGAAAAACCGACGAGAAUGAGGUCGACCGGGAAGUUGCGUUACGACGUGAAGCCGAGAAGUCUGAAGAUGCCAUAGCCGCUACAAAAUCCUAUGUCACUGAGGAACCCCCCCCGGCCGUUAGCGUUUGGGAUUUACGGGACCCGCCCUGGGCACUGGCGGAGGCUGUUGCGAAAGCCUCCGAAGAGGCACUCCGAGCGAAAUCCGAGGCAGAUGAGGCUUUGGCCCGUGCUGCUGCAUCCGAGGAAAUGCGGGUGCAGGUUGAGGUGCGUCUAGCUGAGAAGGAAGCCUCUCUGGCUCCCUUACGCUCACAGCUCGCGAAGGCCUCCCAGUCGGCCAAUGAAAAUCGAAUUCUCUCCACGUCUCUGCAAGACCAGCUUGCUGUUGUGGUGAAGACUUCGGAAGCCCGUGCUGCGGCCACAGCCGAAGCCAAGGCCCGCUGUACCGCUGCAGAGGAGCGUUGCGCAGCGGCGCACAAGGAAGUGGAGAUCUUCUCCGGGCGCAUCACCGCGUUGGAGAAGGAGCGGGACGACCUCCUCGAGGAACUGGAGGCAUCGAAAUGCGAGACCCGCGCACUGCAGCAGGCCUACGAUGAAGCAGGAGGGGCUUUGUGCGAGCGCUACGGCGAGGCCAACCGUCAACGAGAGCUCGUAGAGUCGCUGCAGAAGGACAUGCAGGACUUAGAGAAAGAGUUGGCCGAUGUCCACCUUGAGCUGAAAGCCACCAAGGCAGAAAAUGCAGACUGGUGCGAGAGAGCCUCCGUGGCAGCAGACCAGCUGGCACAGGGCCAGAGCAAGGCUGUGUCGGCAUUCCUCAGGAAGUUUCCCGCCGCAGCGGCUCUGGCGAUUCUUUUCCGUCACAUCCUGGAAACUGCAGCUGACAACGUGGAGGCCGCCGUGCGACAACGCCUGUGCCUACAUGGCUCUUGGGUGUCGCGGCACGAAAUGAACAACUUCUUGACGGAGUUUCUGGGCUUGAGGGGCCUUGAGCUGAACAUGGUGGCGCAGGCCCUCUUCGGCACGCUCGACCUGGAGCGCGAAGGCCAGAUCUGUCAGGAUGCGUUGCUACACCGUCUGGAAGAACCUCCUUCGAUGAAGGAUGUUUGGCUGGCCGACCUGGAGAACAUUUGGCCGGGUAGGCAGGAGGUGGUACGGUACGCCCGGCGAACCGACCGGUCGAAUUCCCCCCCACGCGUAUCCUUGCCGACGGCCAGGCGACCCCGUAGCGGCAGUCGCCCAGGUUCGGCCUCUACCGCCCCUGGCGCUUGUAACCGGGCUGUGCGCCGAAGCUCCGCCAACUCCGCUGACUUCACAGGGUCUCACACAGCCGUCCUCGCCAAUGGGCGGCCCCACACUGCCGGUUCCACCAGGGGCAGUCGAAGGAGCCAAGAAGGCUUCGCGUACACUGCUCCCGCUGCGGACAAUCGCCGCAGUCGUGCGACUGGCGACUUGCCACACGCAGAG